UCAUUAGACUUCCGGGCAACAGGUGAGUUUAGCUACGUCACGGCCUGCCGAAGAGGAAAGGCGCUUUUACUUUUUAUGAAAACGGGAAAUAAACUUUACCAUCUUGUUACUUGAAGGACAUUUGGUGGAUUCCUUACAAAAUGUGUGGUUUCGAUAAGGAGAAGGGCCCUGGCUGGUUGAUGAAGAAGGGGAUCUCUCUGAUCCUGGUGGGUCAUAUCAACUUCCUGCUUGGCGCCAUCGUCCACGGCAGCGUCUUGCGCCACAUCUCAAAACCCGACGGGAAGAUCACCACCCAGUACACCGCCGCCAACAUAAUUUCCGUGACCUCGGGGCUGUUGAGUAUUGCAUCUGGGAUUAUUGCCAUACUGGUGUCUAGAAACCUAUCCAACGGUAAACUGCACAUCGGCCUUCUCAUCAGUUCAUUUCUGAACGCCCUGCUGUCUGCAGCCUGUGGCGUCGGCCUCCUAUUGGCUAUUGGCCACACUGUGGCGUACGAUGGGCGGGCCCUGAUGCAGGGCUGCAACACCACUGAGGCUCAGCUAAGCGCUCGCAGGCCAAUCCAGGCGGACUGCCCCUUUGAUACCACACGCAUCUACGACACCACCCUGUCCCUGUGGAUCCCCAGUGUGCUGCUAGCAGCCCUGGAGGUAGGCCUGUCUGUGUGGUGCUUUGUAGUGGGCCUGACUCUUCGAGGCCUGGGGCCCUGUGCUCAUAGCUACAUCAAAGAACAGCUGGAAGAUGAGGCUUUGACCAAUCGGGCAGGAGCGGACCCUGAGUUCUCACGCCCUGGACUGAGCCUGAUUGGACAAACCUCUGACUACCCAUAAUGCACCCUGGUGGUCCAGUGCAGCCAAAGAUGUUCUCGAACCAGUAGAGAUGGGCUCCAACCCUAUUCCAAUAUAUUUAUCACACUAGAUUUUUCUUCCAACUCUAAACUAACUCUGAUUCUAAUGAGAUGGCAGAUGAAUCAGGUUUGCCACAACUGGGGUUAGAGUAUAAACCUACCAGGAGGUAGUUCUCCAGGAACAGGGUUGGGAGCCUUGUAGAAUUACAUAUAACCUUCCUGAUCUCCCAAGAAUACAGAGCACUCCACCUGGCCUUUGUUGACCAUGUCUUCUGGUAAGUUUAUUAUUUUGAGGGCAAGGUAAUUAAUGUGAGUCUGACUGAAAUAGAUGGUGCCAAAUGUUGUGUGUAAGUCAAAGUGAACACAGUAUGUAGGGCAGUCUUGCUGGCUUCACCACUACUGCCUUCCAGCCUGAAGACCAGCAGUAGAACGGUUAAUCUCAGGCUAUGCUUAAUCGAGCGAGUUGUAAUCUUGGCACGCAAUGUUAAUCCCCGGUUCGAUGGGGGCGGGUAAAUAUUGACACUAGGAGGUGACUGACACCAUCAAAACAAAUGAUUUUUUUUCCUGUGCAUGCCGAUAUGAAGAUUGUCCUUGCAGGGUUGCAGUAUGUUUAAAUUACCCCCCUUUUGUCUUUGGGAUUGUGUUAGCCAAGGCAUCCGAAUGAGCUGGAUCAUAAAGAGAGACGUUUUUUACGUUUCUGUUAAGCAGUUUUGUGGAUUUGCUAGGAUUAAGGAUACCCUGUACUUUGCAUUGAGCUCUUCAUUUGCCCAGUGAUUUUUUUUUUUGUGUAUGUUUGUACGGUUUUGUUUCUGGUAGUAUUUUAUAUAGUUGUAACUACGCAUUCUUUUUAAUCUUUUUAAUCAAUUUGAUACUAUUUUUUAUAAUUAAAUGCAGUUGUGAUUUGUAAUUUAUUUUUGAACAUUAAAGAGUCAUACUUUUUGAACUA